GAUUCCACGAGCCGCCCAUGUUUUUUGAAGACGUCACGUCAAAUGUCACAAACCUAACCUUCUGUUAUGUUAUUUAGCGUAAAAUCUUAAGAUAAUUUUGUUUUUGUUAUGUGAAAAUGCCAAAUAAUAUUGAAAUUAAGCAACUUUUUUGUUUCAAAAGGUUUCCAGCAAAUGAGUUGAAGAUUUUGUUCCUAGUGCUUUACUUACCUGUUGGAAUAAUCCUGUUUAUUUUAAGAACAAUAUUAGCUUUGAGUGUCGUUUUAAUUGGAUGUUGUUUAUCAGACACUCGGAUUAUUCAUAAACUUGUCAAUAAAUUUGCAUGUUUAACAUUAGGUAUAACAGUCACAGUAGAAAAUCCAGACAAAAAAGAAAAUGUAGAAGUGUAUAUUAGCAAUAAUGUAUCGAUUUUUGAUCAUUUGGCUGUUCAUACGGCAACAGGAUCGGUCUCACCUGGCGCUCAAAUGCACCCAUCCUUGGCUAGAGGCUUAGGAAUUCACUAUUUUGGUAGUCAAACAAAUUUAGAAAGUUUUAAGAAAAACCUAGUUGACUUUUUAUCUGAGCAACAAGUUCCAAUACAUUUCACACCUGAAGAAAAAAUCACAAAUGGCAAAGCACUUCUAAAGUUCAAAAGCUACCCAUUUUCUCUAACAAAUAAAGUGCAACCUGUUUGUAUCAGCAUUGAACGCCCUUUUCUAGACCUAUCUGUUACGACUUUAGGCGCAUCUUAUUGGACUGACGUUUUAUUUUACAUGUUUUCGCCCCUUACUAACUAUAAAUUAAAAUUUUUGCCGCCCCUCGAAAAAAAGUCCCUAGUGGAGACUGAGUAUUCAGAAGUCGUACGCCAAAAUAUCGCAUCGGCCCUUAAGGUGGAGACUCCUGAAUUUACGGCUGCCGAUCUCUUGGAGUGGGAGAAACGCCAACUAGUUGAACAACAGAGAGGAGCGCCACCUGUGCCUAGACCUAGCGUCGAUAGCGAAGUCAGGAGAAUGGCGACUCAAGUAAAAGAAGUGCUGCCACAUGUGCCAUUAAACGCAAUUUACAAGGACUUGAACAAAACACGAAAUGUAGACACAACUAUUACGAAUAUCUUAGAAGGCCGAAUUCACUUUGUGCCAGAACAGGUCAAUUCUACCUCCAACAAUCCUCAACCUUCCACUUCUAUAGCAUCUGGCACAAAAAUGACGCCUUCGACUUCGGCUAGCGACAGGGAUUUGUUCAAUACAGCUGCAUCGUCUUUCCCCAGAUCUGCCCAUGAGAGAACCAAGUCAUUUCAGGAGAGAAAAGAACAACUUAUUGCUAAUGCUAGAAGGCGUUAUAUUGAAAAACAUAACUUAAAUAUACCGUUUUAGGAUGAUUUUUUAACUUUUUGUAGUUAAGUUCUUAUGGCUCUGGAGUUUGAGGCACAUUUUCAGAAAUUGUUUUAAGUUUAAGUUUGGCGGUUCUUUUGCGGUUUUUACUACUUAAACUGUAAAUAUUGUUAUUUAUUUUUGGUUGCAAUACAAUAAACAUUUCAUUACACGCCAUAA